GCCCCCACGAGUCGCUGCCGCGCGUGCCGUGGCUGAGGGCCUUAGAAGAAUGACAAUCGGAUUACUUGCCUUUGGGUCGCCUCUGGGGAUCUUUGGGUGGUUCGCACUCUCUCCGGCAGUAGGCUAUAUAACGACGGAACGUUCUUCGGAGGCUGAGCAACAGGCGCUACUCGUGGUCCCGCCUACGGCAGCGCGCAGCGUCGUCAACACCACCGUGUCCAGCACAGCAGCCAUGGGAACGGUACGGCGCCGUCGCGGGGCUGCUGGUGCUAACUUUGCUGUCGGGGAAACGCUUAUGCUGCAACUGCUCCUGGUGGUCACUGCGUUCCCAUCGGACGCCUGGGCUCAGCACGUCGUGGGCAGCGACGAAGCGCGCUCCCUGCUUUCCAGAGGUGGCGACACGCUAAUCCGCUGGAACAUCUCACCCGCUGCGCUGCAGCACAUGCGCUCCGAAAACUUCAAACGCCAGUUCAGUCCGUGGGGUGGCAAGCGGAACGCCGCUACGUUCGAAUCCCUGCUGGACUCAGCCGGCAAUCAGGAAAGCCGCCGACACCAUUUGGCGGCGGACGUCUCGUACAAGGUUCGUCGGCUGCACCCGGCGAGCAUCGGUGUGAGGGACGCCGAUUCGUUCAGUCCAUGGGGCGGCAAGAGGACGGACGACAAGAAGGACAAGGACCAGACGUUCAAUCCGUGGGGAGGCAAGAGGGCGGCGGCGGGAGACCGUUUCGGUUCUUGGGGAGGUAAGAGGGAAACGUUCAACGCGUGGGGAGGCAAGCGCCAGCAGGACAAGAACUCCUUCAGCCCGUGGGGAGGCAAGAGAGUCGUCAGAAGCCCGACGGCCAGAAACGAAGACGCUGCGAGGGCCAGGCAGGAUGACGGAGAGGAGGACGAAGAGCGGAGCUUCGCCCUCUGGGGAGGAAAGAGGGGAACCGGGGAGGACCAGGCGUUUUCCCCGUGGGGAGGGAAAAGGGGCGACGACGGGGACACAUCUUUCACGCCCUGGGGAGGCAAGCGCGAGGACCGUUUCAAUCCGUGGGGAGGCAAGCGAGAAGGACCUUUCAACCCCUGGGGAGGCAAGAGGGACGGCUCGAACAAGGACGGAUUCUUCAACCCUUGGGGCGGCAAGCGCGGCGCUGACGACUCGUUCAACCCUUGGGGAGGCAAGAGGCAGGAUUCGUUCAACCCCUGGGGAGGAAAAAGGGAAGAUGGAGUCUUCAGGCCUUGGGGCGGAAAGAAGGAGGACAACGUCUUCAGGCCUUGGGGAGGCAAAAAGGAGGACAACGUGUUUGCGCCCUGGGGAGGCAAAAGAGAGGACGCGUUGCCGAGCCUUUCUGUGGGUAGGGGAUUUAACUACGGGGGCACCGCAAGCCACGGCGUGGAUGCAGGGUCCUUGCGCAAGAAGCGAGACUCCUCUACUAGCGAACACAAGGGUACGACGUCGUACGGUGGGAAAAGUGGGAGUACAUAACCACUGAAGUGAGUCGCUGCUACAAUGCACGCGUUUGAAGACACCUCAUCACACGCCUUAAAGAAAAAAAAGAUGAGGAAAACGGAAAGAAAGCUACAUAGCGGCCGCUGCGUGUGCACAUGAAGAGAAAGACCUGCCAUGAAGAGACGAGGAGAAAAGGACUUUCUUGUUUGUUCGGGUCGAAUAGUAUUUUUUUGGAAAUAAAAAAAAAAGUUCCCUUACCUCAGCAUGCAUACUGAGGUAACGCACCGCCGGUUGGGGCGUACAGUGAAUAAAAAAAUAACAAAUUAAAA